AUGGAGUCGUCCGUUGUACCCGUUCAACGGCCCACUCCCGGGUCCGCAAAAGCCGGUUACCGGGACUUUGAUUGCGAGGCCUCCGACCACACACCACAAGCUACUUUCACCGAUUUGCCGCCGGAGAUCCACGUUCUCAUCUCAAAACAACUCAUUUAUCCCGAUGCUCUCUCUUUAAAACACACAAGCAGUUAUUUUUACUAUCUUGUCGACACCGGGGUUCGUCUAAAAGUAGAAUGGCUCAUGGAGCGCCGAAUGUUGCAUCUUGAAUGCCCCAACGACAAGCGGUGUGAUCUUGGUAGCGACCUCCGUUUUUGUAGAGGCAGCGUGCCACUUCUGAUGCAAAGGCGACGGGAACACAUGGAGUGCGAGUCGCGACCGGGCUUGGGUUGUCUUGUCUACGGAACAGCAGUGUGUUCUCACCGACGAAGAAUCGGUGCACGAUGUCAGCGUUGGCUGAGACGGCGGUUGACUGUGGAGCUAUGGUGGGUGUUGAUUGCUUUGGUGCCAAUUCUAUUUUGUUGGCUCUGGAUGGCAGAAUUCGCAAGGUGGGUAUCAAACUCAGCAGAACCCUCGUCAGCAAUGACGGGUUCCUCAUAA